AUGGCCCAAAUGAAAAUGAACGCCGACAAGAUGAUCGACGCUGACGUGAAGGUGAGCUCUGACGGUGGGAAAAGGGCUUACGUCACUUUCCUUGCCGGAAACAAAGACUACUGGAUGGGUGUGGUUGGUCUAGCCAAAGGACUUCGUAAGGUGAAAUCUGCAUAUCCUCUUGUGGUGGCGACUCUUCCGGACGUGCCUGAGGAACACCGUCAGAUCCUGGUGGCUCAGGGAUGCAUCAUCCGUGACAUCGAACCGGUCUAUCCCCCGGAAAACGAAACCGGUUACUCCAUGGCGUAUUACGUUAUCAACUACUCCAAGCUUCGUAUUUGGGAGUUUGUGGAGUAUGAGAAGAUGAUUUAUCUAGAUGGAGACAUACAAGUGUUCAGUAACAUCGAUCAUUUGUUUGAUACUCCUCGUGGCUACUUGUACGCUGUCAAAGAUUGUUUUUGCGAGGUGUCUUGGUCCAAAACUCCUCAAUAUAAAAUCGGUUACUGCCAACAAUCGCCUGAAAAGGUGACGUGGCCUGUUGAAAGCCUUGGUUCACCACCGCCGGUAUAUUUCAACGCUGGUAUGUUGGUUUUUGAACCAAACCUCCUCACUUAUGAGGAUCUCCUUCGUGUUGUUCAAAUCACAACUCCUACUUAUUUUGCUGAACAGGAUUUUCUGAAUAUGUAUUUCAGAGACAUUUACAAGCCAAUCCCUUCGACCUAUAACCUCGUCAUGGCUAUGCUUUGGCGUCAUCCUGAACACGUUGAUCUUGACCAAAUCAGUGUUGUUCAUUAUUGUGCUAAUGGCUCGAAGCCUUGGAGAUACAAUAAGGAUGAAGAACAUAUGGAUCGGGAAGACAUAAAAAUUUUGGUGAAAAAAUGGUGGGAGAUUUACGAAGAUUCAAGUUUAGACUACAAGAUCUUCGUCGAGACUGAGUCUAAGAUGAAUGCGAGCACUGCGCCAUUGACUUUCAAGGAAUCUGUUUGUGAUGUCCUUACGAGCCUUGCCCCUUCUGCCGCAUAA